GUAUUGGCGCAAAAUGCAGUUAAUUUGGCGGUACACUUUGCGCGCACUUUUGUUGAUGUUGUGAGCUGUAUGGCUGACGUGGUGUUACAUUCUGCGCGCGUUUUUGGUAAGUGAUUUGCCGCGUAACCUAGCGUAUAUAACCGCGGCAUCUGCACGCUGUAGUCAGUUCAGUUUGUGCUUUGAAGUGAUCAAGUGUUAUUGUUACGUAGUGUUCGAAAUGUUCCGUUUAUUGCCAAUGAUCGCUGCAUCCUGCUUCCAGUUGACGGCGCUACCCGUGGAGAUGUGGUCUACUAUUUUAAGAUUGUUGGAUCCAUUGUCUUUAUUGGCAACUGCAAGAUCGGAUACCAGAUUCAAGAGUAUUUGUUUUGGUGACAGCGUGUUGAGAAAUAAACUCAGGGAUGCUUUGGAGAUUGAAAGACGCCAAGCCGAAGAAAUUAUCCGAAAUCCUGCAAAAUCAAUGACUAUUUCCAGAGAGGAUGCCAAAAGAGUAUUUGCAGCUAACGUUUCCAAGAAGAUCACCAAGAAACCAGUCAAUUUAAGACACAGUUUGGAGGUUUUCAAGAAAAGGCCGAUGAAAGCAGAAAAUAAAAAGAGAAACCAAUGUCUAUCUGCUGUUAAGAAAGUUUUUAAUUGUAGAAUUUAAGUUUAUUUUGUAGUAUUUUGCAAAAAAUAAAUCUAC